CUAUCCAUUUUUUCCUAAAACCCUCUCCUGCACUCGCUUUCUCUCUCUAACUCCACCAUCCAUGUCUCUCUCAGUCACCUCCUUCCCUCUCCCUCGCUCUCUCUCUCCUCAAGUCCCGAGCUUUCUCUCUCUAAACCCCGGGCGCCGCCGCCGCUUCGCCUCCGGAGGCCACCGCCGACCGCCGCUCCUCCUCCUCUCCGUCCGCCGCCCCGGCCCCGGCCCGCCUCACGCGCUCGCCCCGGACGGCAAGUCCUACCCGGACCCCGCCGACGACGACCCGCCGGAGGCCCCUGAGGACGCCGAGCACGGCGUCUCCAAGUUCCAGCAGAUCCACCGCCAGGCCUCGCGCGCCCGCAGGAUCGAGGAGGACGACUUCAAGAAGCACCGGUCCACGUACCUCGCGGCCAUCGCCGAUGUGGAGGACGCCCCCGAGGACGGGGGCGACGCGCCGGGGGGCGGCCAGUCGGCGGGGGACGCCGGGGACGAUUUGUUCGGGGAGAUUGAUAAGGCCAUCGCUUUGAAGCGGAGGGAGUUCGUGAAGCAGGGCCUGCUGAAGCCGAAUUCCAAGAAGGGGAAGGCUGACGAUGCGGUUGAGGAGUUGCAGCCGGAAGAGGUCGUGGACUUGGAGGAAAUUCAGGAGCUUCAAGGGCUGCGAGUCGUCUCCGAGGGGGACGAUGCUGAUGACGGUGCAGGGGAGUUUGAUGAUGAGGUGAGUGGUAAUUUGAGUAGGAGUAAUGGCGGGUCUUUGUCGGAUUCUUCGUUCGAUUUGGAUUUCGAUGCUUAUGGUAGGACUAAGGCUAGGAUAGUGGAACCCAAGUUUAGGAUCACACUGGCCGAGCUCUUGGAUGAGAGCAAGGUUGUCCCAGUUUCGGUUUAUGGGAACUUGGAGGUCGAGAUCACGGGGAUUCAACAUGAUUCGCGGGUGGUCAGUUCAGGGGAUCUGUUUGUGUGCUGUGUUGGGAGGAAAACUGAUGGGCAUUUGUUCUUGAGUGAGGCUGAUAAGAGAGGUGCGGUUGCUGUGGUAGCCAGUAAGGAGAUUGAUAUAGAGGAGACUUUGGGUUGUAAGGCGUUGGUGAUUGUGGAGGACACGAAUGCCGUAUUGCCUGCUCUGGCGGCAUCGUUUUAUAGGCAACCUUCAAGGCAUAUGGCAGUCAUUGGGAUAACGGGGACGUAUGGGAAAACCACCACCUCAUAUUUGAUUAAAGGGAUGUACGAGGCCAUGGGAUUGAGGACUGGGAUGUUAAGCACGGUAGCUUAUUAUGUGCACAGGGAUAAUAAGUUGGAGUUGCCAAACACAGAGCCAGAUGCCGUGUUGGUCCAGAACUUGAUGGCCAAGAUGCUUCACAAUGGGACUGAAGCAAUUGCUAUGGAGGUUUCUUCACAUGGACUGGCUGUGGGGAGGUAUAACGAGGUUGAUUUUGACAUUGCGGUUUUCACAAACUUGACGCACGACAACUUGGAUUUUCAUGGAACUAGGGAGGAAUACAAGGCUGCUGAGGCCAAGUUGUUCUCGAGGAUGGUUGAUCCUGAAAGGCAUCGUAAGAUUGUUAACAUUGAUGACCCUAAUGCACCUUUCUUCAUGGCACAAGGAAACCCAGAUGUGCCCGUUGUCACUUUUGCAAUGGAAAAUAAGAAUGCAGAUGUUCAUCCACUGAAGUUUGAACUUUCCUUGUUUGAGACUCAGGUUUUAGUUAACACUCCUAAUGGGAUAUUAGAAAUAUCAUCUGGGUUGCUCGGAAGGCACAAUAUUUACAAUAUACUUGCAGCUGUGGCGGUUGGGAUUGCAGUUGGAGCACCCUUAGAGGACAUUGUUAGAGGAAUAGAGGAAGUUGACGCAGUUCCUGGUAGGUUUGAGCUGAUAGACGAGGAACAAGCAUUCGGAGUGAUUGUGGAUUACGCUCAUACCCCUGAUGCCCUCUCCAGACUUCUUGAUUCUGCUCGAGAGCUUGGGCCAAGGAGGAUUAUAACUGUAAUUGGCUGUGCUGGUGAGAGUGAUAGAGGGAACAGACCCAUGAUGACAAAAAUAGCUACCGAUAAAAGUGAGGUGACAAUGCUGACAUCAGACAAUCCAAAGAAUGAAGAUCCAUUGGACAUUCUUGAUGACAUGCUAGCUGGAGUCGGAUGGACAAUGCAGGACUACUUGAAAUAUGGGGAGAACGACUAUUAUCCACCUCUACCUAAUGGCCACAGGCUAUUUUUGCAUGAUAUUAGACGAGUAGCUGUACGUGCCGCUGUAGCUAUGGGUGAGGAAGGUGAUAUGGUGGUGGUGGCUGGCAAAGGCCAUGAAAGUUACCAGAUGGAAGGUGACAAAAAGGAGUUUUUUGAUGAUAGGGAAGAGUGUCGAGAAGCAUUACAGUAUGUUGAUGAGCUUCAUCAAGCUGGAAUAGACACAAGUGAAUUUCCGUGGCGAUUACCAGAAAGUCAUUAGUGCAGUACCAAAGGAUAGUGCAGGGAUAAAUGAGUUUUCUUGGUUAUCGAUGAAGCCGGUGCAUUGCGCAGCUUGCAUUUUCGGCAUUGUAAGGUUAGGGAUCACCUCAAGCUGUAAAUCUGAAGAAUGCCCAGCCUUUUCCUAUUCUGUAAGGUAACAUGGUCGGUGUUUGUAGUGAACGAGGGCGCUCGACAAAGCAGAAGAUGAUAGAUCUCACUGAGUGCUCUUUUUUUUUUUUUUUUGGGGGGGGGGUGGUUCUUUUUGAAUUGCAAAGGUUAUAUUUAUCGUAGUAGCAUGGGAAGCGGCCCAAAAUUCCUGCAGAUCGACGAUCCUUUUUGAAUUGCAUCCGGCAUGUAAGUUGAGCUGUUGUAUUUGAUCAAGAAUUGGCUGGUCAUUGAAAUAUUUAACGGAGGAUGAGUUCGUCGUAAA